AUGUCUGAGAAAGCACCACGACAUUCGGUCUUGGAAUCAACGGAUUUGAUUGGACACUCGAGUGUUGGUGAUGAUGAGAAUAAUACAGCUACUACCGACUCAACGAACCACAACAAUUAUGAUAGUGAAGAACUAUGCCAAUCGAGUACUCCAUCCUCAUCACGUAAUGUCACUUGUCAUCAGCAGCCGGCAUCAUCAUCACCACACACUCCACGUAAUGAUGAAGAUAUUUCGGAAGUGUCCCAACAAGUAUCCUCUCUCCAAGUAAACUCACAUUCUCAACAAGAAAGUAUCUCGUCUUCGACUUUUCAACAACCAAUGAUGGAUAAAAAUCAUAAUUCUGUGAAUGAUCCUUCAAAAAAUCUCACUCAUGAAGCACCUGGACCAACCCACGACGACACAACUCACCAAUUUACCAGUUCAAUCAACUCAAUCAAUUCUUCUUCGACUAGUACCACCAAUGUUAACACACCGCAACGUCACAUCAAAUCAUCUUCAUGGGUCGAAGAAGAAGAAGAAGAAUUUACACAAGCAGAUGAAGAAGCUUCUAAAAUACCAAAUGAAAAAUGGGCCUUAAUGGAUAAUAUUGGAUUUCCACCUCCCUAUGACUCACGUGAAAAAGAAUUGUAUGAACAAUAUAUGAAUAGUUCACAACGAAAGAAGUUUUCAUCGGAAUGUAAAGAGUCUUGGCAAGAAUAUUUCAUGACUUCAAAUAAUGGAUUUUACAACCGAGUCAGUUACAACAACAGUUUAAAGUCAAUCAUUAGAAAAUAUGGCAUUCAUCCAAUGUAUAGAAAGAAAAUAUGGUUAGAAUUAAACAAUGUCGAUAAAAAGAUGAUUGAAAAUCAAGGAUAUUAUCAGAAAAUGUUACAAGUCCAUCAAAAUAUAUAUAAUGAAGCUGAGCAUCAAAUUGAUUUGGAUUUAUCAAGAACAUUUCCUCAUCAUCCUUUUUUCAGACAUGCAAAUUCUAAAGGAAGAGAACAGUUGAAGAGGAUUUUAAUUGCUUUCUCAUGGAGAUCUCCAUAUAUAAGUUAUACUCAAUCCAUGAACUAUAUUGUUGCCAUGCUGUUGCUACAUUGUGACGAAGAAACAGCAUUUUGGUUAUUUGUAGAGCUUGUGGAAGAAAUUUUACCAAAAAAUUACUACAAUCCACAAUUGACAGGAGUAAGAAUUGAUUCACGAGCCCUUGAUGAACUGAUUAAAAAUCGCCUCCCUAAAAUUCAUGCUCACUUUCAAAAGAUCCACUUAGAUUGUACAGCUUUCAGUAGUGGUUGGUUUAUGCGUUUGUUUGUUGACAUUUUCCCUAUAGAAACAACCUUGAGAAUUCUCGAUUUGGUCUUUUCAGAAGGCAACAAGAUACUAUUCCGAACAGUACUGAGUUAUUUGAAAAUUUAUGAACCUCGAAUAUUAGAAAUGGAUAAUAUGGGAGAUGUCUUGCAUUUUGUCAACUCAGAUCCAUGUACCAUGUAUGAUCACUUCAAGUUGACAAAGAAUAUGUUUUUAUUUUACAGACUCACACGACAGGUUUGUCUUUCAUUACGAACCAAGUACAAAGAAAUUAUUGAGAAGGAAGAUGAAGAAUUAGAGACUCGGCGAAGAAUGCUCAAAAAAUAA